GUUUAUAUUGUUUAUCCUUCAGUUUUAAGCUUGAGUAAUCUCAAACUACACAAAACAAGAAGUGAAAAACAUUCAUACAAGAAAAAUUACUUCGAUUACCUCUUAAUCCUGGGUUAGCGUUAACCGGCUUUCUAACAAACCGGCCCUGUUUGGCGUUCCUACGUUUCUUUUGAUUUCUUACACAGUUUUUCAAAUUGACUUAUUCGUCAGCUCUGAAAUAGCCUAAAAUUCAGUGACUUAACCCCUUUAACUGGAAGUCACCCCAUCAAGCGUAUAACUAAUUUUGUUUUUGGUAAGAGAUGGAAGGUGGAGAGGAAUUUCAAACACCUGCUACGCUUUGUGAUUGUUAAAAAAAGCAGCGCUUUUUUGAAACGUAUGAAACGUGACAGUGUCUAAAAAGGUGUGCUUUUGCGGUUUUCUAUAAAAAAUGUAAUUGCAGAGAAAGCGAUUUUAGGAAACGUGAUCCCGCGUGAAAACUUUUCUGAAAUGUGUGAUUCCGCAUAAAAAUUUUUCUGAAAUGUGAUCCCGCGUGAAAAAUUUUCUGAAAUGUGACAAUCUACGUGGAAGAGAUUUUCUAUAUGAAAGUGUCACGUGAAACAACAGCGUUUCUCGCGGUUCGAAACGUGUGAUCGACGAAACAGCCGUCUGUUGGAAAGUGCCAUUCAUUCGUAACACAGCGAUUUCCUACGUUUCAACCGUGGAAAAGUACGUGGUCGAAAAACGCGUGAAAACAUGAGUGUUAAAACAGGGUCGUGUGAUUGGUGACAAACAUAUUUUAUAAGCCUGUGACUGGUGGAGACGUGAUCAUGAAACGUGAUUUCGCGUGGAACAGGGAUUUCAUGAAAUGUGUGAUAAGUGAAACUACCGGCAUUGAUUCCACCACAAGGGGCGAAACAACGUUUUUCUUUGUAAGGAAUUUGUAGUUUUCAAGUCUUAAUAGUGUUUGAAUUAGUGCGUGUGAUUCUGUCACAACCUCACAUAUGUUGCACUCAAAGGUGAUGCGCACAUCCGAGCAACUCUGAAUAGCUCUGGCAAAUUUCGAUAUUUUGGCCAUAAACAAAAUAAGUUGGCUCCGGUUGGCCCUUUGUAACCUGUUACUAUAAUAGUCACAAAGGCUAUUUUACAGAUUAGACAGGAAUAUUUGAAUAAGAAAGAUAUAUACCGAGGACUGUUUUUCGUUAGCUCGCUAGACUGCGUUGCCCUUCCGGCGAACUGAAAGAUGUUGUUUGGUGCUUUACAUGUAUGGAGUAUCUUAGUUUGUUCAAUGUAAGAACUUAACAAGUCAUGGUACAGUUUGUGGUAUUUUGUAGCCGUUAUAACUCCAGAUCGGGGUGAAAUACGUCAUGGUUAGUGGUGUUUAAUCAAUCUGUUGAAGUGCCGUUUUAAAACAACCUCAUUUACGCAUUGUGAUCUUGCAUUGACAAACGUAAAUUGGAAGGAAACUGGAGCCUUAUGGUUCUUUUGGUGAGCGAAGCUUAAAAAUAAUGGCCAAUUAUCGCUCAUUUUAAUUGAAACAGUGCCCUGUGAAAUUCUUUGUUAAACUGAGAUCAACUAAUUAAUUUUACUUCACCAGUCCAAAAACAGCAAAGCCCUAAUGAUGCUCUAACGCUGAAAACACAUUACAAAACACGGUCAGUUUUGUCUGCUAAAACAACCAACAUCUCGCGGUAUAUUAAAACGGAAAUUACUUCUAUUCUUUUGUUUUGGGGGUGGAGUAGUGUCUAAAAUGAGUGUUUAAAGUUGAACUAAACAGUCCGUUGCCAUCAUUUUGACUUCACCUCCGAAUGAACAUGCUAGCUUUGCGAAUCGUCGUCGCUGUCUUUUUGAUCGCUAUAGGCGCCCUCGGUAUCCUGGGAAACUUAGCCGUCCUGUUCACAAUCUCUAUCAACAAGAGAUUUCAUGUUAUGAGGUAUUUAUUCCUCGUCAGCUUAGCUGUCUCCGAUUUUAUUAUCGUUGCCCUGGUUGUUCCGUUUCACAUCGCAAGCAAACUGUACGAAGAACUCGAGUUCUCGACGGUACAGUGUAAAGCGAUUACGUUCUUGACAAGAGCCUUGUACUGUUGUACAACUUUCCACCUGAUUGCCGUCUCCUACGACAGAUACUUGGCCAUUGUGAAGUCUCCUCUAACGUACAACCAACACACAACCAAGGCUAAGACCCUGUUGUUAGUGGCUUUCGCUUGGAUUCUUCCAUUUGCCACAGCUGCCGGUCCGUUGUUUGCCAUAUGGGAAGACACUUUCUCGUUCAGCGCCAGGCUUUACCACUGUGAUAUCUGCCACGGCUGGGAUGUCCACAGCAGAAAUCAGCUGACGAGGUCCAUCGUCUAUUUCGUUGCCGCUUUCGCUGUCCCACUGUUAACAAUUGCCUGGCUAAACUUCAAGGUUUUCAAAAGAGCUACACUGGUCGAGCGGGAAAUCAUAACACAACAGGCCCAAGUGUCGCAUUCCACUCAGCCUCAGCAAAACAGCCGCCGGGAACACAAGGCCGCCAAAGAUGUCGCUGUUGUGCUUGGAGUGUAUCUGCUCUGCUAUCUUCCAGCCUGGACCGCUAUACUUUGCAGGCAAGUUCUUCCUCUCAAUUCACUCCCCGUCGUUGUUGGUUUCGUCACCAAUGGCUUGUUGCUGUCCAAGUCAGUUUGGAACCCUGUUAUUUACUGCAUUCGUAAACGGGAGUUCCGCGGAGCCUUGAAAAUGAUGUUACGUUGCAAACGAGCUCGGGCUGGGACUGACGAGUAAAGUAAUCAAGGCUCCCAAGAAACUGAAUCUGUCUUCCGACUAGUUACUCAGGAGCGAGAUAAAGCUUGUAGAACUUUUCUUUCGGCCGCUCAGGGCUUGUAAAACUCCUUGCAACAAUGUGUUUUUUAUCAAGUUUAUCCAUUUUGUAGAACAGUACAACAAAUAAAAGGCGGAACGAUUAGAAAGCGAAGACAGCAAGCCAACAUAUGCUUAUUCCGGAAUUGGCAGCAUCGGAAGUAUUUUCACUCCCCCUCUCCUCUGGAUGGGGUACUACAUCAUCGCAGGGAUACUUUCCCCCCACCCCCUAGUAAAAACUUAACGGGAUAGAGAAUAAUUAGUGGGAUGUGGGAUGCUGAUAGAACUGACAUCCUGGGAUAUCGAAAAGCAAAAUUGUUCAUUUUUGAGAGAUUAAAUUAACGAGAUAUUUGGGCCAAAAAUUAACGGGAUAUAAGAUAUUCAGACUCCCGGCCAGGGCACAAACCUACCUUUAGACCACAACAUCCCCAGAUAAACUGCACAGUUGAAAACUUUCUUGAUUGCCGUUUAUUUCUUACCAAACCAGUUUUCUUUCGAACUUCGGAAAGGCAGGAAACUAUUCACACUUUUUUGGACAUCUUUAUCGAAUUGGAACAAGUUUUAACAGUUAUUGAGAGUACAGAUCUGAAAGUAUUAGAUAGCCCAUGCAGAAAUGCAUCCUGGGUAAGAAAUUGUGAUGUCUCAUCUUAAUUCAGCUACGGCAAUCUUUGAUUUCGUUUGUAUCAUUGUCAGUGAAAAAUUAAAACUGUUAUCUCGCCAGCCAAGGCAGUCACUGUCAUUAAAGGAGCUCAGUCACGGUAUUUUGAGUUAUUUUGGCCACAUACAAAAUUACCUUUAAAUGGUAGGAAA